AUGGUGGUUCCUUCUUCUGUAGAAUGCCAACGACGACGAGCACGACACCGUGUAGUUGUAUUUGUGUUGUUGAUGUUAAUUUGUUGUAGCAUUAAUAAAUCAUUUGGAGAAGAAGAAAAAUGUCGAGAUAUAUACAUUGUGCUGGUGGAAGGCGAUCCCCCUGUUGCUUUUGUACAACAAGAUACCAAAAAAAGUGAAAUACUAAAGGCUCAUGCAAAGCGCCUGGAAGCAUCACAUGAUCAAUUCCUGCAAAGCACUCUAGAGGAAGGAACUUACAAGAAGCUAUAUAGCUUCAACCAUAUUGUGAAUGGAUUUUCUGUCCACACAACCCCUGCUCAGGCCAACAAGUUAAGGAAUGCUCCUGGUGUUAAACUCAUUGAGAAAGAUAGAGGAGCUAAAUUAAUGACCACUUACACCCCCAAGUUUUUAGGGUUACCGCAAGGAGUUUGGCCAACAGGACGGCUACGACACACCAAAAAUGCAGGUGAAGGGAUUGUUAUCGGGUUUGUUGACUCGGGUAUUAAUCCAUUUCACCCAAGCUUUGCGUAUGAUCCCAAGGACGACUAUUCUAGUUAUAACCGGACUCGGUUUCCUGGUGUUUGCCAGGAGGGACCUAUGUUUCCCAAGAGUUCGUGCAACGGGAAGAUUAUUUCUGCUCGUUUUUUUUCGGCUGGAAUGGAAGCAAGGGGCAUUCUUAAUGCUUCAGUUGACAUCUUGUCUCCCUACGAUGCAGUGGGACAUGGCAGUCAUGUUGCAUCAACUGCUGCUGGGAAUCAUGGAGUUCCCGUUGUUGUCAAUGGCUUCAACUAUGGAAGAGCUAGUGGGAUGGCACCACGUGCACGAAUUGCUGUGUAUAAAGCCAUAUAUCCAAGUGUAGGGACUUCAACAGAUGUUCUUGCAGCAAUUGACCAAGCAAUAAAAGACGGAGUUGAUAUCUUAACACUCUCCAUAGGCCCAGAUGAACCACCUGAAAAUACAAUCACCAUGUUAAGCAUGUUUGAGAUCUUUAUGUUGUUUGCACGCAAGGCCGGAAUUUUUGUGGCUCAAGCUGCUGGAAACCUUGGUCCAGGUCCAUAUACCACUGUCUCAUAUAGCCCAUGGUCGGUAGGUGUGGCUGCCUGCCACACCAAUAGAGCAUACCUGGGUUCUCUAGUUCUUGGAAAUGGCCAGAAAAUUGGAGGCAUUGGUUUAUCAGGACCGAGUUUUGGAGAAGGGUUACUACAAUAUAAGUUGGUUUUAUCGAAGGAUGCAGUGUUGGCAAAUGGAGUUUUUCCUAAAACUCCAGAAUUCAUGGACGAAUGUCAACAUCCAGAGGCGCUAGACCUUGUAAUUGUACAACAAAGUGUUGUUAUAUGCACAUUUUCAGCAGGAUUUCGCAAUGGGUCAUCAUCUCUACCAGCUAUUAUGAACACUGCGAGGACCCUAGGAUUCAUGGGUUUCGUAUUCGUUGCUAAUCCUAAUUAUGGUGAUUUCAUAGCAGACCCUUAUCCGUUCUCUAUUCCUGGAAUAAUGAUUCCGAAAGUUUGCGAUGCACAACUUAUAAUAGAUUAUUACGAGAAACAAACGGAAAGAAACGAUAAAGGAGUUGUAACGGCAUACCAUGGGCGAGCUGCAAUCAGAGAAGGAAGAUUUGCUACAUACGAUGAAAAAGCUCCAAUUGUUGGUAGAUAUUCUUCAAGAGGACCUAACUUCAUUGACUUAAAAAGAAAACCAACAGAUUUACUGAAGCCGGAUAUAUUAGCUCCAGGCAACAAUAUUUGGGCAGCUUGGAGCCCAAUGAGUGUGAAGAACCCAAUUUUGUCAGGUUAUAACUUCGGUUUGUUAUCUGGUACGAGUAUGGCAGCACCACACAUUGCGGGAAUUGCUGCACUGAUAAAGCAAAGGAAUCCUUCAUGGUCCCCAUCAAUGAUAGCAUCUGCUAUGGCAACCACAGCAACUACAUACAACAAAUAUGGGGAACCAAUUAUGGCCGAAGGGCAAGAACUCUACAGCUUGCAUCAAUCUACGCCUUUUGAUCAUGGUGCAGGUCUUGUUAGUGCCACUCAUGCCAUUGAUCCUGGGCUAGUUCUUAUCUCAGGAUUUGAAGACUACAUGAGCUUCUUGUGCUCGUUGCCAAAUACUGAUCCAGAAAUUAUCAAGACCGCAAUCGGUGAAUCAUGUGCACACUCCUUCAGUGCACCAUCAGACCUAAACAUCCCUUCACUGACAAUUUCAGCACUAUCGGGAUCACAGAUGGUAAAGAGGACAGUCAAAAAUGUUGCCAACAAUGUGGAGACAUACGUGUGUGCAGUUGUACAGCCUACCGGAGUGGCAGUUGAAGUGAAUCCAGCAUGGUUCACCAUUGUUCCACAGGGCUCUCAAGAUUUGGAAGUGAUACUUAAUGUUACACAAGUACAGGACUCAUUUAGCUUUGGUGAGAUUGUAUUAACAGGAAACUUGAAACAUAUAGUGAGGAUACCUCUCUCUGUAUUACCAGUGUCAAUGUCAUAA